UCUCAACUCAAACAAACAAAACCCUAAAUCCUUUCUCUCUCUCGCUCUCUCAUUUCAAGCACUAGACGCCUUCUUCUGAUCACUUUUUUCCUCUCUCUCUCUCUCUCUCUCUGUCUCUCUUUCUCUUUCAAUUCUUCCUCGUAUUGUUCAUCAUUUGUUACUGUCUUCAACAAUGGAAAGAACGAAGAGUAUUCCUCUUCAGCCGCCGACCUAUGGGAACCUAAUUACAAUUCUCAGCAUAGAUGGGGGUGGCAUCAGGGGCCUCAUCCCUGGAACUAUCCUGAACUUCCUUGAGUCCGAGCUUCAGAAACUGGAUGGCGAGGAGGUGAGACUUGCAGAUUACUUCGAUGUGAUUGCUGGAACCAGCACGGGUGGUCUUGUCACUGCCAUGCUAACGUGCCCCGAUGAAAACAGUCGUCCUCUAUUUGCUGCUAAAGAUAUUAAGGAAUUCUACCUUAGUCACGGCCCUAAAAUCUUCCCACAAGAAAGCAGAUACCCACUGUUAGCUCCAGUUACCAAAAGUAUCUGCACUGUAAUGGGGCCGAAGUAUGAUGGGGAAUAUCUGCACGAGCUUGUCCAGGAAAUAUUGGGAAGCAAAAAGUUGCACCAGACACUGACCAACGUUGUGAUUCCGAGUUUCGACAUAAAGCAACUCCAACCUACCAUCUUUUCUAGUUAUGAUGUGAAGAGAAAGCCGGACAUCGAUGCCAUGCUCUCUGAUAUAUGCAUCUCUACCUCUGCCGCACCGACUUAUCUCCCAGCCCAUUAUUUCGAGACUAAAGACAAGGAUGGAAAUGUGAGAGAGUUCAACAUGAUCGACGGAGGUGUAGCCGCAAAUAAUCCGACACUGGUGGCUAUGGGAGAGGUGACAAAGGAGAUAAUGGGAGGAAGUACAGACUUCUUUCCGAUAAAACCAAUGGACUAUCAGAGAUUUCUGGUUAUAUCUUUAGGGACUGGUUCCAAGAAAGAGGAGGGGAAAUACAGUGCCGAGGCUGCAGCUAAAUGGGGCGUCUUGGGCUGGUUAACGAGUGGGGGCGGGACCCCAUUAGUCGAUACAUUCAUGCAAGCGAGUUCCGAUAUGGUUGAUUUUCACCUCGCUUCGGUCUUCCACGCCCUUCACCUCGAAGAUAACUAUCUCCGCAUUCAGGAUGAUGCAUUGAGCGGCGAUCUGGCCUCGGUUGAUGUUGCGACGAAGGAGAACCUGGACGACCUGGUCAAAACCGGCGAGGCACUACUGAAGAAGCGGGUCUCAAGGGUGAACUUAGACACGGGCAGACUCGAGACUGAAAACCAGGAGACCAAUGAAGAGGCUCUCAGGAGAUUCGCAAAGGUGCUGUCGCAUGAGAGACAGCUUCGUCUCGUUAGAUCGCCUCACGGGCAUGCCGUUUUGCCAAAGAAAUCCUAAAUCCACCGAGGAUUAAUUUCAUUUGCCAAAGAAAUCCUAAAUCCACCGAGGAUUAAUUUCAAAUGGUCUCUCCACACAGAUGACACCGAAUUUCAAAAUUUAUUAUUUGUCAUAACCUCAACAAAUAGUAUACAUAAUCUUUACUAAAUUCUUUGUAAUUCUUUGAUUGAUGUAGUUUCCAAUGGUAAUAAUAUUAAUUCCACUGGCGGUGGGAUGUAAAUUGUCAAGACAUGUUAAUUUAAGUUGAAAUAAGCAUUCUUUUAUUAUUAAU